GGUGUUAAUAGCGCGUCAUGGGGGAGUCCGAAGCCCUAAAGAUAAAUAACAGACCCCGGAGAGGGACAGAUAGAGUGUUUUGGUCAUUUGGUGCGUGGUGAUGACAGUGGUGAUGUUUUGAUGCUGUUGUGAUCAGAUCGGUAGUUUUGCAAGCGAGCGGAAUUAUGAAUCAACUCUUCAGGUUUUUGGUGUGCGCUGUGGUGGUGUGUCAGGCGGUUUCGUCGGAAUCAGGAUGUGAAGGAGCAGAAUGUGGGAAAGCUGGAGUCUCUGGAAAGCCAAAACAACACGCGGAAUUCUUGAAUAAGUUCAAUGAAAUGAACACGCAAACGCCGCAACGUCAACACCGCAACGCCGAGGCCGUGUUGCCGUUCAUAGGACUGACCGGAGUUGCUAAACAAAGCCGUACCUGCUGCAAGAACGGUGGGACGUGCAUUUUGGGAAGCUUCUGUGCCUGUCCAAAGCACUUCACCGGCCGGAGCUGCGAAUAUGACGAACGCCUCAGGGAUUGUGGUGUGAUUCCACAUGGAGAAUGGGUUCAGAAAGGAUGUUCGUACUGCAGAUGUGGAUAUGGACUUCUGCACUGCUUCCCGCAUGUUUUCAGCAAAGACUGUGACGACUCUCAAGAAGUUCGGUGGUACCGCUCAAGCUCCCUCAGAACGUUGUCGUCUUCAGUCGUCAUGUUUGUUGCGUUUAUUUUACCCUUUUUACUGUGAGUUUGUUUUCUUAACUACGUUUUGUGCAUAAAUGCUCUAUUAGAUUUAGAAAUAUGACACAGCGGAGAUGAACUAUGAACGAGACGUUUUAUUUUCCUUGACAUUUAGGGCAGCAUUUAUUGGUGGCACUGAAAUGCAUUUUGCUUCCAGUGGAAGUGUAACUAGCUGUGUUAAAAGCAACUGUUUAGCGAAGGAAUGUGUAUAUAGGAUUUAUAUUGAAAAUAUAUUGUGUGUGUGUCAGUGCGCAGCCGAACCGAAAUGAAUUCUGUCUGUUUGUAUGUCUCUUUGUUAUACAAGAGAAUGCACUGGCCUGAAAGUAAAAGUUUUUUUUUUAUCCCACUUCUGUUUUGCUUUUAAAAUGUACGUGUCUUUUGAACAAUAAGCUUGUUUUAAAGUCAAGUUCUGGCCGUUCAACUUUUGUUUGCUGUGCUUGUCAGUGGAGAGAGAGGCUGAUAAUGCUCAGAUAGCUUGUGAUUGUUGACCUUUCGGCUAUUUUCUCUUAUCUUAUAUAAACAAGUCGUCCAGCCAAUCAAUCUCACUGACUAUCUUGACCUUUUUGAGUUGGCCGGUGAUGUACUGUAACACUCUGUAUGACUGAGCGAAUGAAUUUGUCUCAUCUAAUUAAAAUUCGCAUCAAUAACGGA